CUGUUUGUGAUCUGCUUCUGGCUGAACAUUCAGCCUCGCCGCUUUAUCCAGUCUGACGGCCCCAGGAGGCUCAGCCCGAACUCUGGCGGUACUGCGGGAAGGUCGAAAUCAGAUUACAUCGACGUUCAUCAACCUCAGUUCUCCAACAAUGACUACAGCCAUUCUGGAAUGUAUAAGCACAUUGUCUAUCAGUGGUCAACAGCUACGCCGCUUCCCCAAGCUCCUAGAGAGUGGCCUUCUCAAGAAGAUGCCUUCUACAGUCAAGGAUUCGGAUGUUCCCAAGCUCUUCAGAGAACCCUACAUUCAGUCUGGAUACCGACCGACAGACCAAGACUGGAAGUAUUACUUUCUUAGCCUUUUCCAAAAGCACAAUGAAUCAGUGAAUGUCUGGACUCACCUUCUGGUGGCCUUGGCUGUCCUCUUGAGAUUUCGAGCCUUCGUGGACAAUGAAGACUUCUCCUGGAAUACAUUAUCCAUCCCUCUAGUCUUAUAUGUGUUGGCCUCGUUGACCUAUCUCACAUGCAGUAUACUUGCACACUUGCUCCAGUCCAAAUCCGAGCUGGCACAUUACACUUUCUACUUCAUGGACUACGUUGGGGUUAGCACUUACCAGUACGGAAGUGCUUUGGCCCAUUACUACUAUAGUUCCCACCAAGCUUGGUAUGACAUACUAUGGCCUUACUUCUUGCCGGGGGCUGCUUUACUGGGAUGGUUGUCCUGUGUGGGAUGCUGCUAUGCCAAAUAUCGCUACAGGAGGCCGUAUCCAGUUGAGAGAAAAGUCUGCCAGGUUGUCCCUUCUGGGUUGGCCUAUAUCUUAGAUAUUAGCCCAGUGGUCCAUCGGAUUAUAGUUUGUUCUAUGGAGGACUGCUCAGACAGGGCGAUUUGGUUUCAUUCUCUACAGAUCAUCUUCUUUGUUAUUAGCUCCUACUUUUUCUCUUGUCCCGUCCCGGAAAAAUUCUUCCCUGGUGGAUGUGAUAUCAUCGGCCAUGGCCACCAAAUUUUUCACUUACUUUUAGGAUUAUGCACUCUGUGCCAACUGGAAGCCGUGCUACUAGACUACCAGGCCAGACAUGAACAUUUCACCACACGGUACAGUCCAACCUUAACCCUAUACUCUUGCCUUUCGUUCUUCUUGCACAUUAUCUGCACAGCCCUUACGGCCUUCUACCUACGGCAGAAAAUUAAGGAAAAACUAGCCAAGAAAGACUUUUAAGGAACACAAGGAACGUCUUUUACUUCACAUCUCAUCCAGAUCAUGUUAUUUAAUAACAUAGGACCUACUCAUUUAUUUACCACUAAAACAGAGGUUUGGAUGUAAAACUGAAUGUUGGUCAUUUUUUUUAGCCUUUUACAAUUUUCUUUCCAACAUGGUGUCUGUCCAAGGCAGCCAUUAGCACUUGUGGAAAAACCUCAGAAUAUUGCACUAAUUUUUCUUCCUUUGGUGAAAAGUCCCAUUUAAAAUUGUCUUAGAAAAUUAAGCCAAUUUUUUUGUCCAAUAGAGAAGGUGAUCAUCAGUAGAACUUUCCCUUUAAUUAGAUGUUUCAGGUUUUUUUUUAGAACUUGAAACAUUUCUGAACCCUUUAACAGGAAAUCCAGUUAAGAGUUUGAUGCUUCUGUUAAGCAGUUCUCAGGCAUGGAAAAUUCACGUUGAAGGGCUUCUCUUGAUGGUUAAAUGCCGGUUGGGACAAACAUAGAAGAUGUAGGACUCCACAAGAAGGACCAAACUUGAUGGUGCCAGGUUUUGUAGGACAGAAGGACAUGAUUUCUCCCCCUUUCUAUGACCCUUGGACCAAAUCCCAAAUAUUGUUGCUAACAAUAAAGAAGCACUCAGUUUUUUUAUUUUUUUAUUUGCCUAUAUAGUGCAGAUUAGGCCAUUAUUAAAAAAUAAGAUAGAGGAUCUUUUGUAUACCUUGUAUAAUCUUGCUUUGUUCUAACCCUAACCCAUCAUGCAUGACUUUGCAGAGAUAGAGGGGUUGGAGUCUCAUCACACUGCACUGCUCUAUGUAAAGGCAGCCAUGACAGAUCAGUGACAUAGAAAGGCUGUCCCCUCACACUGCAGGGUCAUGUUCUCCUAUGGGCCUGUCUGUCCUGUCUGCCCUGUCAUGUCUCUCUCUCCUCUGUCAGCUCUUACAUGCAGGACGCAGGGAGACCAGUGUGAAUCUACAUCCCAUAGAACUACACUGGAGAGUCAGCACACAAAGAUAGUACAGGCAGGUACUGCAAGUCAGUAUACAUUCACCUACUAUAUAUCUGCACUUCUGGACCUUUAGAUAGUGGAGACAUUACAUCUUCAACAGAAUACAAGGAUAUACAGAGGAACACGGAGGUAGGGGAGGGGCCUGAGUGCUGCCAGGAGGGAUUUGAUAGGUGAUGAUGUUAUUCUGUAGUUCACAGGAAGUCAGCCACAGGGAGAGACUGAGUUCCUGUUUACACAUUUGAGCAAGCAGUCAGACUUGAGAUUACAUGACCAGGUUCCCAUAAUGAAAGAGUACAAAAUAUAUGAAUGCCACUGAGGGUGUAAUAAAUUACACAGCUAAAAUACUGGUGGCAAGUUAGUAAUAUAUGUAAAAUAGAAAAAAAGAUUCAGAGUGCUUCUUUAAGUUCUUCAGUAGAGGUAGAGAGGGAAGGGGUUGGGCAAACCAAGACUAGGCCCCUUCUUUCCAAGGGCUCCAUAGCAGCAACAUGAAAUGUAUGACCUUGACUGUGGGCAAUUAUUUGCAAUGGUUUCUAAGCUUCAAGCAACACUUGAUCGCCUACCUGGUCCUCAGUAGGUCUUGGCCAAUAGAUGACAAAUUAGGUAUGACAAGGGGACCAGAUAUGGCAUGGGACAGAAUAUAUCUGAGAGACUUGUUACAAUAGUUUAGGUAAUGUUUCACAAUGGCACUUCAUACAUGAUCGAAACUUGAACUUAUCUUGUGUUGAACUGAAGGACUUUGGGCUCCUCAUUCUACUAUCAGCUUAAGAUAGUGUUGACUUUUCCUGCAUCACCUGGGUCUUUGGUGGGCCAUUCCAACCCUGGACCUAUCCUUUUCGUAGUAUUGAUAGCUUCCAUGUGUUGACUUUUCCUGCAUUAGCUGGGUCUUUGGUGGGUCAGUCCAACCCUGGACCUAUCCUUUUGUAGUGUUGAUAGCUUCCAUGUGUUGUUCUAACACUGUCCGUCAACAUCAUGGAGAAGACCUGGUUCAGAUUUCUCUUGGCCUUAGGCCAAGUUCACUCCAAGUUCACUCUAUUUGGUCAGUUAUUUCCAUCUGUUAUUGUGAGCCAAAACUAAAGCGUUAACUGGUCAUGUGUCUUAACAUGGAAUGUUCCUUGACCUCAGCCUUCACCUUCCAAGGUGAAAAAUCAUAGAGUUCAGUUAUUGUCUCCAAGACCAAACAGUUCUCACCCAUCGGAGGAAUCGGUUGAGGAGGAAGGAAAGAAUCUUUACAAUUUUGGUAAUUAGGGUCUUCUAUUGUGGAAAUCUCCUUCAUUUAAUUUUGAGUCCAAGACUUACGUUAUUAUAACUUAUUAUACUCAUGGACAGUCUUAACAUUUAAUGAGCAGGUGCUGGCGAUUGUAGCCUUUUAUAUACUGUAUAAGUUUAUGUCUAAUCUUUAAUAAUGCGAUAUGUAAAAUAAUAUAAAAACUGUAUAGAAGAUUGCGCUGAAGGCUGGCCGAGGUGUUUAGUUUGCACUGGAAAAUAAUCACUAGAUGCAAUGAAGCAGGCCUUUGCAUGAUGUCCACGUGUUCUCUGAGUGGACGUAUAAUGCACAUGAGACUCUUGGGCCACUGGCAUCCUCACGUAAUGCCAGCGGCCACUUAUGCCAUAUUAGCCUAUAUAGAAUAAGCAACAAUAGAUAUGCAACUGACCACUGUGACUAAGUAAUUAAAGGAACUGUCCACAGCUUGAGGAACCCACUUAAAAUUUUAAGAGUAAGUACCACCAGUCUUAUUCCUUUCUAGUAAUACGUAUCAUAUUGACCAAGAGGUUGGCCAUGUUGAUUUAUGGUGCUGUUGUUCUGGGUUCAAAUCCAACCAGGGCAGCAUAUGUACAUUCAAAAGAAGAAUUCCUGCGCCUACUCUCUGACUGCACCUAAGUACCAAUGACUAGAAGCAGGGUUCUACCAAGUCUGCUGUCCUCUAAGGUAUAAGUAGUAUCUAUAUGCGACACCUUCGCGCCUACCUGUACUUCUAGAGGAGAGUCCGCGAUGUUGAUGUGUAGUGGUGAAUACUUGAUAGUUGUCCCUAUCCUCCAGUCCGGUGGAAACAGUCAGGCUGUGUAGUUGGAAAACGGGCCCCGGCCAGCAGCAUGUUUCCUAUUCAAAAAAGCUUGCUCUCCAAAUCGGAGCGCCGGUGACCUCACGGUAGCAGGAGCUGUUGUGCACCAAAAAUCUGGCGCCUUUCGAAGGGAUCGCCUUUCUUCCUCGGGGAGCAUCCAGGGCCCUAGAGCAGCAACAUGGUACAGGCUUCUUGGUACCCAUAGUCUUUCUGGCUCCAUAGUGGGGAAAUUACAUUGUUAGCUCCUCGGGGGUGGAGCCUAAUCUGAAUAAAUAUAUUGGCUUUGAUUUAUCAUACCUUCACUCCUGGCAUUAAAAAGUAGCAAUAAUAGGGAUUUUGCGACUUGCGCAAAAUUUAAGCGAUUGCUCUAAAUUUUGUGACUUUUUUUUGCACUCUCUUGCACAAAAUGUUGUGACUUUUUGCAUUUUUAGACCACUCACUCCAGUUUUGUAAUGUGGGUGCGGUUAGCUAUGUUAAUGAGUUU